AUGCAAGAGGCUUCGUCAGCUGGAGCGCGAGGAGUGGGAGCGCUUGGAGUAGGGGAGGCUAGGGCUGGAGCGGCAGCAGCACGAGCUGCAGCGGCAGGAGCAGGAGCAGCAGUAGCAGCGGCAGCAACAACAGCAGCAGCAGCAGCAGCAGCAGCAGCAGCAGCAGCAGCAGCAGCAGCAGCAGCAGCAGCAGCAGCAGCAGCAGCCGCCGCCGCAGCAGCCGCAGCAGCAGCAGCAGCAGCAGCAGCAGCAGCAGCAGCAGCAGCAGCAGCAGCAGCAGCAGCAGCAGCAGCAGCAGCAGCAGCAGCAGCAGCAGCAGCAGCAGCAGCAGCAGCAGCAGCAGCAGCAGCAGCAGCAGCAGCAGCAGCAGCAGCAGCAGCAGCAGCAGCAGCAGCAGCAGCAGCAGCAGCAGCAGCAGCAGCAGCAGCAGCAGCAGCAGCAGCAGCAGCAGCAGGAGCCACAGCAGCCGCAGAAAUCGCUGCCCUUGCAGCCAUUGCCUCCACCUUCUGUUCUCCUGUCACCUCCUGA